AGAUUUCUUCAUCAUGCUAAGGAAGAACGAUUUCCUCCUUGGUAUAGCUGAUGAUACCAUGCAAAAAUCAGAUCCUUGGAAAGGAGAUGGGUUUUGAACAGAGGUAUGAAAAGAAGAGGAACAUGAAUUGAUGAAGCAUGAGUGUGCAUCAUAACACAAUGAAAACUGGCCAUGGUAGUAGGUAUGCUUGAUGGAGAAAUUAACAUAUAGAGAAACUGACUUGUCAGAGGUCAGAGCAAGGUGUUGGUGGAACCAGGGAUAAAUCUGAAACCUCUUAACUCCUUGACCGGUUUUGAGUCCAUUGACUAUGCAGCCUAGUGUAAUAGAUUGGAAUGAUAGAAAACACAAAUAUGGUCACCUGUCAGAUUCUGCAUCCCAAUAUCAAGAAGCUGCUGACAUCCUGGAGCUAGGUCAUUUUACCUGGGACAAAUACCUAAAAGAAACAUGUUCAGUCCCAGCGCCUGUCCAUUGCUUCAAGCAGUCCUACACACCUCCAAGCAAUGAGUUCAAGAUCAGCAUGAAAUUGGAAGCACAGGACCCCAGAAACACCACAUCCACCUGUAUUGCCACAGUAGUUGGACUGACAGGAGCCCGCCUCCGCCUACGCCUUGAUGGGAGUGACAACAAGAAUGACUUCUGGCGGCUGGUUGACUCAGCUGAAAUCCAGCCUAUUGGGAACUGUGAGAAGAAUGGGGGUAUGCUGCAGCCCCCUCUGGGAUUUCGGUUGAAUGCCUCCUCUUGGCCCAUGUUCCUUUUGAAGACACUGAAUGGUGCAGAGAUGGCUCCUAUCAGGAUUUUCCAUAAGGAGCCACCAUCGCCUUCCCACAACUUCUUCAAAAUGGGAAUGAAGCUGGAAGCUGUGGACAGAAAGAAUCCUCAUUUUAUUUGCCCAGCCACUAUUGGGGAGGUUCGGGGCUCAGAGGUCCUUGUCACUUUUGAUGGGUGGCGAGGGGCCUUUGACUACUGGUGCCGUUUCGACUCCCGGGACAUCUUCCCUGUGGGCUGGUGUUCCUUGACUGGAGACAACCUGCAGCCACCUGGCACCAAAGGUAAAGGCCUAUCUAUAUGA